CAGAACUCCGUUCCAGACGCUGUUACACCCAAACAGCCUGGUCCCUAUUGUUUGCCCCUGGCCUAUAGUCAUUUUAUACUUCAUUUUGCCGGGGAAUCAGUGCGCACUAUUGUUUGAGCGACGGGUCUUAGGACGCUGGGUUGUCGGGUUGUGCUAUCGAGGGCCGAGUCGAAAGGGCCUUGGUGGGAUUUCCCGUCUUGUCCUUGACCAUGAGCGACAACAGUCGUCCCCCACCUUUCCUUCCUUCCUUUCAGGCUUCAUCAUUCUCGGAGCUGCCAGAAAAUGAUAUCCCUCUUGAUAGCGGGGGUGCGUCGCUUCGCGCACAGCAAUCUCAAGGGCUCCGCGGACCUCACGAAGCGGUCAACUCUGUCUUUUCUGAGCACUCAACAGCCGGCUUGGAGGUCAUCGCAGGCGAUCGUGCCGGGUCAUCGAAAGUGAAAAUCCCCAGGUUGAAUCUCCCAACCACCUGGACCACCAGUGGACGCGUUAGUCGUGCUUGUGAGAAUUGUCGCGAACAAAAGGCUAAAUGUAGCGGUCACCGCCCUACGUGUCAACGGUGCCAGGAGGCGGGCAUCCGCUGCUCUUAUGGUGACAGGAAGCGAGAGAAAAUGGCCAAGCAACUCAAUGACCUGACAAGUCAGGUUAAGGCGUAUGAGGACCUUCUCCGAGGGCUAUCGCCCAAGCUGGACUCGGAAUCGGCGAAGCAGGUCGAGCAGGUUUUGACCGAACAAUCCGUCGAUGAGGACCUGUCUUCUCAAUUCCAGGUCGCAACGCCUACAACAGCACCGGUAAUGCAUGGUGACUCAGGGACCAGCUUAACGUCUGCUUUCUCAAGAAAUGCACUGGAUAGCACCAGUGAGGAUUUUGACCGACAGGCCAUGGGGUUUGUGGGCGAGCACUCUGAAAUUGCGUGGCUGUAUAGACUGAAGCGACUUGUUCAGCGGUCUAACUCUGUCCCAAAAAAGAGCCGGGACGGUGACUCUAUUGCUUCGACGAGCUUUUACUUGGACGAUUCGAAGAUUCCUUACCUGAAUGAUGUGGAUCCAAUCCAACGCCCCCCUCUCGCCGUUGCGGAGCAGCUUCUGCGUACCUAUUUCAAAGUCGUGCAUCCGUCCUUUCCGAUCGUCCGCAAGUCACAUAUUAUAACACAAAUCACUCGCUACUACGAUCCCGAUUCCGCCGGGCCACCGAGGAAAUGGCUUGCCAUGCUCAAUUUGAUCUUCGCGAUUGCCGCCAGGUACACACAUAGUUUAUGCAAUGUUGCCGAAAUAUCACCAGACGACAGCGUUGUCUAUUUUUCACGAGCACUGAAACUUGGCGUAAUGGGCACGGUGCUACUAGACCAUCCUGAUGCGCAGCAGGUGCAAGUAGAGGGAUUAACCUCCUUCUACCUUAUGUCCGUCGGACAAGUGAAUAGGUCCUGGAAAGUCUGUGGCUACGCGAUCCGUUCGGCUUUAACACUGGGGCUUCACCUUCGAAACGAAAGUAGCGUUAGGAACGUCACAAAAGAAACGAAAUAUACUGUUUGGUGGUCUCUCUAUCUGCUCGACUGUUCGCUUUGUGUCAUCACUGGCCGUCCGCCAAGUGUCAGUGAUGACUUCUGCACAACACCACUGCCGGCGCCGUUCAUAGAAGAGGAAUUCGACGAUGAGCAAGACCUGAUCGCCCACCUCAAAGUUCGAGAUACUCUUGUGAAAGCCAUCUGCCCAGGGAACCCCCAGAAUUUUGCCGACACAGGCUCACCGGAAAUCUCGAGGUUCCAGGCGCCUAGUCCGGGGAGCCAGUGUGAACAGGAUGUGGCUGGUAUCGUUGAAUCCCUAACCUCGACGCCCAAUUCUGCACUAGUCUUCCUGUACACUGUCGACUUAGCCACGAUUAUACAUGAGUCGAUUGGAAUCUUAUAUGCUCCAGGGGUGGCCCGCAAGCCAUGGCGUGAGAUUGAGGGAGCCAUCUCUGCGCUAAACAGCAAGGCGGAUGCUUGGCUUACGAGACUCCCAACAACCCUUCACCUGUCACAGGGCGCUGGAGCAUUUCAAAGAGAACGAGUGAAUUUGGCAUUCAGCUUCUAUAGUGCCAAAAUUCUUAUCACGCAGCCUUGCUUGAGCCGCAUCUCACAAAAGACUGACGGGAAUGACUCCCCGGGAGGCUUCUGCGAGAUGAUGGCCAUGAUGUGCAUCGAGUCGGCGAACCAGAUGCUCGAGUUGCUGCCAGAUUCUCCUGAUCUUGCCUGGGUUUACCGAGUCUCUCCUUGGUGGUACCUUUUGCAUUACUUGAUGCAGUCGAUUACGGUCCUGCUUCAUGGAUUAUUGCUUCUGACCAAGCCAGGGAGUGCUGCAUAUCGGAACGUCCUUGAUCGGGUUCAAAAGUCAAGUCGUUGGCUGACGGAGAUGUCUCUGGAAGAUCCAUCUUCUGAGCGGGCCUGGCUCGUGUGCGGAGAACUGAUUUCCGAGCAUGUUCCCGAACUCAAAAAUUGAAUUUCCGCCGAUUUCCAGACCCGCAACUGACUGAGCGUCCUAUGGUCGGCUUGGCUUUUGCCAAGUCCACUCGUAAUAACUGACUUUGCCAGUGGCAGCUAGUACUCUUUUCAAUCUAGUGCGCGAAAUAGGAAAACCGAAAAC